AGCAAUGGAGCUUGAAUUUAACAUUUGUAAGAUACACUUUUAAGUAUACUCGAAAACGAGAGACAUUUUAGAGUAGUACAGAAGAAGUAAUAUUUUCGACGACUGUGCAAUAUAUUUGUUCGGAGGGCUAUUUAUUUAUGGGGCAAACCACUUAUAUAUUUUUACUAUUCACCGGGUUCACUGUGCCAACGCGAGUAGAUGGUUUGUCAACCGCUUGCUCUGUAAAGUCCCUCCCGAUAAGAAACGCACAAAGAAUAGAAUAAUGAGAAACGAAGAACUCUCGUUCGGGCCCUACCGUGUCGUGGGCUUAGUCAUUCUAUUGCAACGCAAGGUAACAGUUGUGUUAGACAUUUUUUGUCUUCUGCGUUAGAAACACACAAGCAAACAAAUAAAUCAGCAUGGAUCACAAAUGGGUGACUUGUGCCAACGGCGCUGUACCAUCACUGGCUGUGGUGGGUGGCAAUGACUCGGACGGAGACACCAUUUACAUUGGGCGCGCUGAUUACGGAGGCGAUCUUUUGCCGGCCAAGGUUAUUCCGUCAAAAGGUAAGGCCUAUGUGAGCUUUGGUGGCAAAGAAGUUGAGGUCGACACCUACGAUGUGCUGACUGGGUUGCGCUAUCAGUGGGUUGCGGCUGCCAAUGGCGAUGUACCCGAAGCGGCCGUAAAAGUCGGCAAAGCUUCUGAUGGCGAUUUUCUCUACGCUGGUCGCGGUUGCUGGGAAGGUAGUGUGACCGUGGGCAAAGUACACCCCUCACAUGGUUGCCUCUAUAUCCCCUACGGCGAAGAGGAGGUGAAAUUAACCGAAUACGAAGUGUUAACGCAACCAGACCAGUGGAUCUCCGCCACUGCUGAUUCGAUGCCCGAAGAUGCGCUCGAAGGAGGUCGUGAUGCUGAUGGUGACGCCAUUUAUGUAGGUCGCGUAUUUAAGGAUGGCGAUUUACUGCCAGCCAAAGUUAUUCCCAACAAGGGUGGUGCCUAUGUCUGUUGGGGAGGCGAAGAAGAGAAAGUCGACAACUUCCAGGUCCUGGUUGGAGCGGGCUUUAUGUGGGUUGCCUGUGAGAAUGGAAACAUUGUGCCCGGUGCUGUGCCCGCGGGCACCACUUGUGACGGCGAAACUCUCUACAUUGGUCGUGCCGAACAUGCCGGUAGUCUGUGUGUGGGCAAAGUUCAUCCCUCCCAUGGUUGCCUCUACAUUCCCUUUGGUGGCGGCGAGGAAAAGAUCGAAUCGUAUGAAGUUCUGGUCCGCUUGUAAGGUGUAAACAACAUAUCAUAAGAUUUUUAUAACGAGUUUGGUAUUAUUUUAAGAAUAAUUUAUUAAAAACGUUUUAAUUUUACUUAAAA